AUGCAGUACAAGAUCCUUGCCACUCUUUUCCUCGCCACCACGGCCCUGGCUGCCCCUGCCCCUGCGGAUUCUACUGCCACAGCCUCAAGCACUGAUACUACCGAUAGCGAUGAUAGUCUCGAUCUCGCGGAUGUGCCCAGCUCCAUCAUGAGUGUCCUGGCAACAGCCAUCCCGGCCUCAUGGUACGACGACCUCAUGGACCCCGCCUCUCGCUCCGCGAUUGUCAGCGAAGCUGCGGCUGGCACCUACCCGGCUUGGUACAACGCGUUGCCUAGCAGCGUCAAGGCAUGGGCCACUUCCAACUUUGAUGACCAGAUCGCUGGUGCCACAGCAACCGCCGAUAGCACCGCUACUCAGACUGAGACUGCUGAUAGCACCGCCGUUGAGACUGGCUCUUCCACCGCUGCCAGCCAGACCUCCAAUGCUGCCGAGACUUCUUCCAAUGCUGCCGAGACCUCCUCCAAUGCUGCUGAGACCACUUCGGCUUCCACUACCUCCUCAGGCUCUAGCUCGGAUUCGAGCUCCAGCUCUACAUCAUCUUCUCCUUCUUCUACGCACUCUACCGGUGGCGCCCCUGCUCCUACUGGAGGUAUUGCCAUGAGCGUUGCUGGUGCAGCUGGUGUUUUGGCUCUUGCUCUUGCCCUGUAG